GCAUGCCCUGCUCCGACAAAUAAUCCGAGAAGAAAUCUGGAAAGCCCGUAUGACCGGACCUCCAACAGAACCUUUGGCUGCGUGCCUGGCUUUGUUUGUAAUCCGCCAAAGCCUCCGGGAUGCAACCUCUGGGCCGACUCUCCGGCUGACAAUUACGUAUGUGAACUGAGAUACUGUAUCCACUCCCCGCCCUAUUCAACAGUCCACCGGCCAGAGGGCGAAACGGGACGCGUUCCGUUGGAUGAAGAGUACUUCAACCUGAACGCACAUGCCUUUGGUCUCCCAUACUCCAUCUUCGAAUCCUACAGCAUGGACAAGAACGAGUAUGCCGAGGCGAACACCAUGACAACUGGGAAUCGGGUUUCUGCGAUGGAUCUCUCAGUGCUCCCAACCCCUUCGUCUCUCCCUGUGCAACCCGCGCCCCCUCCCAGGCGUGGUCUGCCAAGGCACGAGCAGCGCCAAGAAGACGAUGGACCAACGGCUCCUGCGGUGUGUUUUGACGACUGCAACAACUGCUACAAGGAAGCACUAGCAGUAGGCAAGUCCCCUGCGCUCUGCGUAGCCAGCUCCCAGUUUCAGCAGGACUUCCAGCUCUGCAUAUCCUGCAUCGACGCGAACGCAGAUGAUGGGCCCGCAAUCCGCCGCCUCUACGUCGACCAGAAGUUCGGUCAGUUUUUAAACUUCUGCAAAGGCCUGGAGCCGGUUCCGGCAAACUCUACGUCGUGGAUGGUUACUCCUUCUGGACCAAUCGCCACUUCAAAGCUCGUCACUGAGACCCAAUCGCAACUACCUGGCGAAACAAUCACACCUGUCCAGCCGAUUGACCUGACGCCAACCCCGACACCGAGCACCAAGGAGACCUUCGGAGUCAGUACCACUGAUGCUCCUCAGGAGACCUCCAACUCCGACGCCUCUCGCUCUGGUCGGCCAACCUCCUCCAUUUCUGGCACCGAAGCAGCCCAAUCAACGACGGAGUCCAGGUCGCUGUCUGUGGACCAAGACAGCCCAAGGGAGACAAUCGCGGAGCCAGAAUCAACGUCUGUAGAUCGAGACCAUCGUCCUGAGACUACUGUCCUGGAUAGCCCAGCCCCGGAGGCGACCGUCAACCCAGGUACGACUUCCAUCGACCAGGGAGGGCCUGGGUCUAGACCCGAAGGCGCCACGACCGAAGCCCAGCCGAGUCAAAGUGGUCAAAGCAGGGAUCGCAUAGAGACAAUCAACCUUGACGAUCCUACCACGAACUCAGCAACCGACUCCCUCGAAGCAACUCCGACCAGGUCGAGAGGCUUUUCAUCAUCCGCAAUAGCAACCCCCAGUAAUGAUGCCGGGCCUGGAGGAGCGCCCGAUAGCGCGACCCCGACACAGAGCGAAGCCGUGGGAGAACAGUCAACGGCUGCCACGCCGUCUUUUGUGACGGGCGCAUCAUCGUACCUCCACAUUCCGGUUCUCUGGGUGCUUGCACCACUAGUAACCGCCAUCUUCACCCACCGGCUACUCUAG